GACAAUAUCAGAAGAACAAGUUCGUCAUCAGCUGAAAGGGAUUCUCGCCGGCGACAAGCUCGACGGAGAUGGCACUGUCUCACUCGAGCUAUUUCCCGACUUCCCAAAAUCUGUUUCACAAACAUCAAUUCGUCGGAACAUCUGAAUAUCCGAGAAUACGUAUUUCCCCGACGACGGAAACUCCCAGAUUUCCUUUGAUUUCGUUAUUUCACACGGCACGAAGCAAACCGUGUUCGCUUCUCCGGACCAUCAGCUGCGUCGCCUUCGACGGAGAUAUAUCAGACGGUGGAACCAGAGAAUCGACUUCUCUCUCCACUUCUAUCUCGUCGGUUUUCGUGAAGGGGCUUCCGGAUUCAGUGAGUGAAGGGCGUUUAAGAAAGGUCUUCUCGGAGUAUGGAGAAGUUAGCAAUGUAAAAAUCAUCGUAAACGAAAAGACUCGGCAAUCUCUAGGAUAUGGCUAUGUCUGGUUUAACAAAAAAGAGGAUGCACAGUUGGCUGUGGAAGCCAUGAACGGAAAGUUCUUUGAUGGCAGGUUUAUUCUUGUUAAAUUUGGCCAGCCUGGAAUGUCCCGUCGCCGGAGAUCACGUUCCGAUUCUCUUUUUGUUAAUAAAUGAUCCUUCGUUUAUGUUUUAUGAGCGAUUAGUAAAACUUGGAUUCUUUAGGAAGGACCUAAUUAUUAUCAAUUGUCCAUGGAAUUCAUAAGUAUUACAUCCUCCGUUUUACAAAAAGUGUCAUU